AUGCCAUCACCGCAAGCAGCACGUUCUAACAACGCACCCAGCGGCAGCCACGACAGGCGGAAGCUAGACAACGACGAGCGGCGCGCAAUCUACGAAGUUUUGUUCAGCCUCAGUGUCCGCGGAGACCUUCCUCACGGCGCAUACAGGAAGGUCGGACAAAUAUACAACUGCUAUUGGAAGACGGCUGCGCGCAUCUGGCAACGAGGUGUGGCCUCACUUCGUGGCGGCAGCGCGGUGGCCAUCGUCGACUCCAAACUUAAAGAUAAAAACCUUACUAUUCUAGGUAAUUUCAACCGAAAACGAACUGCCGAGGAAAUUGAGUUGGCGGUGAGAGCCGUGCCGUACAUGGCGCGCCAAACCUUGCGUACUUUGGCCACCCACUCUCGAAUUCCUAAGACCACCCUCGUCCGCCACAUGAAAGAAGUGAAGACUCUCAAGGCCAAGUCAAGUUAUUCGAAGCAACUCCUAACAGAAGACAAAAAAUAA